UUGGUGAUAGAAUUAGCGGUUUCCAGUUGGUUUACUAUUGACGACUUAUUAGUUUGGUUUGCCAUCUAUACCCACAAGCGGUCGUCUCUCACUGAGAAUGCCAAAUAUUUUUAGCAGUCAAUGCUGGCGUCACUGUCGUGAAAUGACGGGUUUGAAAGUAAAUAUUCUGACGGUGUCGUAUGAUUUAUCAGUUCGGGUUUUUUUUUGAAUGGGAGACGUUUGUUUUGUCAGAAUGACUGAACUCACUACUAUGGAUAUGAGUGCAUCUUUAAUAUUUCGCAGAUAAUAGCUUAUUACGCGCUAGCAGGUCGACGUGGUGCAUGGAGUGUGCCCUACAGACGCAUUACACACAAGUGUCAAUGCUGCCGUUUUGUGUCAACCUCUGGGAGAGACCGGCUUACGCAGAACCUCUCAUUGUCCGCAGUGAAGGAUUGAUCAAAUGUAUUUUACAAGAUUAAGACUGUUAGAUGUAUCAAGGAUAAACAAAUGGCUUCAAAACAUGCGUGUAACAGCCUCGAUGAUUUGAUCGCCAGCGGAAUAAACAAUGCUCGCGCGCUUGGUUCGAUUGAAUGGAUAGGUAUGGGGAUGGGAUCCACCUUAUGUUUCCAGAAAAACGGAAAAACACUGGGGCUGAAUCGAAUGUGGACUAAAUGUAUUUUAUCCGUUGGAAUGGUUUUGCUUUUAAUGCCGUCGGUCCUAGCUGCUGAUGAUGAAGGGCACUACAACGAGUCAUCAAGGCAUGCGGCUCUGCCUCAGGACCCAGCCGUGCCCUCUAACCUCUCUGCCAGGGCAACGCCAGUGGAGGACGGGCCCCGGGCCCCUCCAGCCAUACCCACGGACCCAACAGACCCAUCAGGGUUGACAGCAGAAAGCAUCAGAGAGCAGCCUGUGCAACCAUCAGUGCUAGCUAAUGCCUCCUCCUUAGCCUCCUCCUCAGCCAUCAACAGUGACAAUCAAACAGCAGGAACAACAGACCCUUUGUCUUUAGCACCUGUAACCAACAGCACCUCAAACACCAGCCCAGAGGAGGGAGACAGCAGUUUGCCUGCGAACCCAGAUUUACCUACAGUCCCAGUGUCCUCUCUGGCCACAUUGGGGGAGAGCGACGCUACCCUCCCAGACAAUGUGACUAGUCCUUUCUCCACUCACACAUGGAACACCACUACACCUGCAAGGGCUGACACCAACACCACUACACCAUCCACCACAGCAGCACACACCAACCCAACACCAGACACUGUGACCAAUGACAGUCUACAGCUCACGACUGUGACCACCACGACCGUCACGCCCCUGACCGUGACCACCACAACUGUGACACCCCAGACCACCACAGCUUCGACCACAGAGGCGGUUACAACCACAACCUGGACCACUACGACCACACAGGAAGUGACCACCCUCCAAGAGACCACAGUGAUGGCAACCACAACUGACCAAACCACAACCACAACCGCUCCCACUACAACCACAAUUGCACCGACUACCACUUUGACCAUCCCCACCACCACCAAAGGAACAACCCCUGGACCGACCACAACUGAACCAACCCCCACCAGUCCUGAAGGGGAGCAUCUACCAUGUAACAUCACUGAGAAGACCUGGGUCAAAACAGUUUUGUCCAUGCAGCUGUGGAGGAACAGGCUUGAUAUCAUGACGAGGCAGAAUCUGUCUAAAGGACUCACCCAUGCUCUACAGAGGGCCUUCAACGACACCAAUGUUUAUGUCCAGGUUGAACGGGACCUCUGCAGCCCUCAUAAUGUCACUCUUGGGUUCUAUGUAGCCAGUGGGAAAACGGUCUACAUAGCAUCUGUGGUGGUGGAGACAAUGAAUACCUAUGGCUUUGACAAAGUGCUGGCAGACAUCCGGCAGCACAGUCCUCUGGUGAAGGCUGUUCUGCUCCCUGUAUCCCCCUGGGCCUCCAGUCUCAGUGUCCAUCUGCAGCUCAAAACAGUUCUCAGGUUUGUAGGCCCAGAAGACAAUGUCAACUCCUGCAGUUUUGUUCAAAUGAUGGAACAACGGCUGGAGAAUGCAUUUGAGGAAGCUCAGGACAAAGUGCUGGAAUCUUACAGCGGGCUUUCUGUGGAGAUCCAGAGCACCGCCCAGGUGAUUGGCUCUCCUGCCGUGUCUCUGGUCUAUGUGGUGAAGAACGAGAACGCGGUGCUGAACGGAACCGUCUCCAGCUGUCUCCUGAACCAGCUGACCGCAGAGCUGGUGGGCUACUUCCUCUUCUUCCCCCCGCUCAUCAUCGCUGAGCCACUAGAGUACCACAACCUCAACACAUCCACUGCCACAAAGCACUACUGGGUGAUCACAGUAAUUCAGGAUGUUGACAGCUCUUCUCUGGAAGGGAAUUAUCAGAGCUUUGCUAGUUUAAUGGAGCAGCGGCUGGCUGAGCUUUUUUUGGUGUCUGGGCGUCAGGGGAGUCAGGGGAGCCGCUUUAGAAGGGCCACCACCGUCGGGAGCUACACCGUCCAGAUGGUUGGCAUUCGUCGACUCCCGGGGCCUAAGAACUCAGCCGAAAUGACCUACUAUGCCCAACUGAAUGGUGCCCCCAUAACUGGCACCACUGCAGCUAAGACCCUCAGUACCUUGGAUUCCCAAACCAUGGCCCUCACUCUGGGCUACUUUGUCCUGCUCCAAGCUGAUCCUGUGGUAAAGGUCCCGCCUGCCAAUCUGUGGAUCAUGGCUGUGCUGACGCCUGUUGCCCUGGUGAUGGUUGUUGUCGCCAUGGUCACCGCCAUCCUGUGCAAGAGGAACAGGGUCAUCUUCAAGACCGGCGCUUUCAGGAGCUUCAAACCCCGCUCUAAGACAUCCUAUCGGAGGGAGGGCAGUUAUCACCACCAGCAUGUGCAGGGAUUUGACUAUGCCAAGAAGCACAUAGGCCAUCAGCAAGGUGAGGAGACCGUCUCUGUUACCAAGGAGACGCUGGUUCUGGGCCUCCCAGUGAGAGAUGCCCCGUUGUCAUUGGACAGGAAGGUGCACCAGGAUGGGACUGCCUCUAAAAGACCUCCUUCUGCUGACAUCAUCCACAAAGGCAGGUUGCCAAGCGAGGACGGCUCGGUUGCGAGCAACGAAUCCGGGAAACUCAACACGGGCAAGAGCUUGGCGGCACGGAGGGCUGCGACACAGAAGAGCACCAAGGAGGAUCUGCUGCACAAGAGGAGCGCAGAUCCCUACGAGGACCACACCGGCUCACUGCGACUCAUCACCAUCAAGCCAAUGGCGGCCCAGCCCACAUACUCCUACCCAUCCUCCUCCAGUCACAGCCAGGACUCAGUCGUCCUCAAUGGGGAGGCAAACAUGGGGCUCAAGCAGAAAACCGACAUCGAACACUACAGGAACAAAGUGCGCCAGAAAGCCAAGAGAAAAGGCUACUGUGAUUUCCCCAUCACAGACAAUGGCAUCCACCCAUUCAACCCCAGAGAGAGGCACAGUAGGCCUGAGAUGGCAAAGGAGCCAAUGACUGCUGAGGAGAAGAGGGCCUCCUAUGCAGGAUGCCACAUCAGGAGGCACCCCCCAUCAAGAGAGCCAGCCUACUGGAGCCGUCAGUCCCUGGCCGCCAGCAGCCCUAGCCCCGUGGAGACGGAGAUGGACCUGCUGGUCCUCAGGGAGAGGUCCAGGAGAGGCAUCCGCAACAGCGGUUAUGACGCAGAGCCAGAGACGUUCCAGGAGACCAACGUGGACCGACUGAUGUGCUCCCUGGGUUAUGGUGGAAGCCAUCAGGUCAAAGGUCUCUCGGACUCUUCCACUCUGAGCUCUCAGCCCUCCAUCGACGAGGUCCGGCAGCAGAUGCAUAUCCUGCUGGGUAAUGCCUUUGGGCUGGCCCCAGACGAGCCCUCGCCUGCCAGCCACCACCACCACCACCACCCUCACCCCCACCUCCACAGUUCCUACAAUCCCAGCCACACCAGCGCUUACUCCGAGGGUGUGACCAGCGCUCCUGGCACCAUGAACCAUCCAUGCGGAGGAGGCCACCAGCGCGGGUCUGCCUACGGGCCGGAAAUCCACCAGUGUAGCUUACCCAAACCUGGCUUCAGGUUCACUCAGCUUCCUGACAUGGGCGUUGGACCCCCACCUCCUCUGAUACCCUCCAGGCCUGGACCCCCUACCGGGACCUCAAUGAGGCUUUCUUCACCCGAUGUCAGCCUGAAGCCUCGUGUUUCCGAGGCCUCUGAGAUGCAGAGUCAGCACAAUGGUGCCCCCUAUCUGCCUAUCAACAGAGCGCCCUUCCCUGCUGUUACUGUUGACCAGUCCAUGACCAGCUACUCAGGAAACCCAAUGACAGGAGUCUACGCCAUAUCAGCCAACCGCCCUGGUUACUCAGACUACUUUGUCAUGCCUCCACCAGCGUCGUAUGGAAGCCCAUCCUGGAUGUCCUACCCACCAGAACCCGAGGACAUCCCACACCAGUGGAAUGAUACUGUAAAUACUAAUCCGUGUCAUUUAGAAACCAUUUGUUGAGAAUACAUGAUCUUUGGAGCUGAGUGGAGACAGCAUAUAUUUCGGUGUCAUUUUGGUUAGGCAGUAGGGCCUCCCUCCCUCACAUUGAGUACCCCUGGACUCGAGCACCCCGCCCUGCCCUUCACCCCUGGCCCUGGCUACUGGCUACUGGCCCCUGGCCUGCCUCCUCAGCCCAGCCAGGCCCUCUCUGCUCUGCUCUCUGAGCCCCAGGUCUCCCAGACCUCACAGCCUCCAUGUCAACUGCCACCAGCCAGCAGAGGAUGGCCUAGACUAGAGUACAGCAGCACUAUCCCCCAUGGUAGUGCCACAUACAACCUCUACCCUGGUCCACACCAUCCAACGACAGGGCUGGCAAAGCUGGACUAACUAACUGUGCUUUUUGAUUCUCCAAAUUCCUUAAUGGACAGAAGACUUGUACCUACUACUGGUGGUUUGUGUGUAUUUAAAAAAAAAAACUUAGUCUCUCAGUUUCAGUUGUUGGAUAUUUGUGUGCUUUGUCGUUUACUUUCAUGCUUUACUUCUUUUUAAAAGGGGGAAAUAAUUGAGUGAGUGUAUAUUGUGCGCUCACCUUAUUAAAAGGCAAAAGAGGAAAAAAAUAAGAAAAAAAACGUGGGAAGAAAGGCUUUGGUGUGAGUGGCUAUGUCAUUCUGUAUUUUUCAAAUGUACUCAUGACCUUUACCCAAUCAGAUUACAGUAAAAAAAAAAAAACAACUGUCACCUGUUCUGUCAUUCAUA